AUGUCAUUAUCAUCAGAGGAAAAAAUUGAAAACGAGGACAAUGAAGAGGAUUUAGAGAAUCAAGACAAUAAUCAAAUUGCUCAGCAACAAAAUCAUGAUGAAGAAGAUGAUAAUAAAGAACCGUUAGAUCCACGAAUACAGGAUGAACUAGAGCGUGCUAAUGCUGCCAUGAGCGAAGUGAAUAAUCUUGAAACACAGUUUGAUGAAGCUCAACAACUAUUUCAAACAAUGUUUUCUAAUUGUAAACAACGUUUAGCAGUAUUAUCAAAAAAGCUCGGACGUUGUGUUGAAAAGGCUCGACCAUACUAUGAAGCUUGUAAGCAAGUUGAAGAGGCACAACUUGAGACACAAAAAGCUGCACAAGAAUUUCAACGAUCGUUCGGUGUUUAUCAAGUAGCAAAGGAAACGUUGAGUUUAGCAGAAAGUAAAUUAUUAACGGAUGAUAAACGUGAAUUUGAUGCCGUUUGGCAAGAAUAUGUUAAUCAUGCAACAAUGAAAGUAAUGCAAGCUGAACACGACAAAACACGGAGCGAACGUUUACAUCAAGAAAAAUCAAAACUUUAUCAAGCUGCUGAAGAACGACAUAUGAUGUUAUAUCGAACACUACGACAAUCCAUACUCAAAUCAAAAUUGUAUUUUGACGCGAAAGCUAAAGCUGACUACGAUUUACAGACUCAAAAGUUACAGAUUGAAGCUGUACAAAAAGCGAUUUAUCAUGCUAAACGAAUGUAUCGAGCCGCCUUAAAUAAUUUAGAACGGAUAUCAGAAGAAAUUCAUCUCAAACGAAAAAAUCGAGUAUUAGAUUUGCCACCGCGUGAACCAGGCGUUGGCUCAGAAAAUCCUGAUGAAGAAGAAACGUUUCACCCAAUUAAACUACCUGAAUUAGAAUCUUCACCGAAUACUGUAACUUCAGAAUUGACUGAAUUUCCAAAAAUUGAUCUGUCCGAUGAUUCGGAUGACAAUUUAUCAACAGCAAGUAAUCCUACAUUUUCACAUUCAAUCAGUUCAACAUUGUCUAUAUCUCCAUCGUUAAUCGAAUUAUUGACUCUCAGUAAUAACAGUAGUAACUUUGAAAACGAUAAAACUCCAGUCCAUGCCUCUAAUUCUCCUGCUCAUCAUCAUCUUCACACGUUUCAUCGCACACAAACAAAACAAAAUUCAUUUGAUUCUGUUACAGUACCAUCACCAUCAACUACAACAACGAAUUAUGAAUCGUUUAAUGAUUGUAUUCAAUUAUCUGCAUCACCUAAAUUAUCGCCAAAAUCAUUGAUUGAAUUUAAAAAUGGUCAAUAUGUCUUAAAACAAUCAUCAUCAACUGGUAAAAAAGCAUCACGUACACCAAGUGAAAAUGAUUCAUCAAUAAAUCUUGAACCUCAACAACUACAAUGUCAUUUACGAACACAAUCAGCAGCUAUUGAUCGUGUAAGUGGUGAGGGAAAAGCAGAUAUGACAUCAUUCAUCGAAUAUUCUACACAAUCCAAACGAAAAAGUUCAUUAAAAGAUAACAGACAACGAAAACACGGUCUCUCAAGUACACAAUCGUUAAGAAAAUUAAAUGGUAGGAUGUAUAGUCAGUCACAGAAUAAUGAAACACCAUUACUCUCAAAUUUAAUGCUUAGACAUAAUUAUAAUAAUAAUGAUCAUCUCCAACAUAUCAAACACAAUAGUGAUUCUGAUUUAAAAAUAAAACAAUAA